GUGGCCUUUACUUGGUAGAUACAUUAGCAGGAGAUCCAGAAGUUUUGCAAGCAGAUGCUGAAAUGUACUAUGAAAAACUCUUGAAGAAAUCAUCGUCCACUCCGGAUGUUUUUUCGAUCCCUGGAAGAGAAGAGGUUAAACUUGAAGAUUCCUGUGUGUGUUUUGUCCCUCUCUACCGAAAUAAUCCUACUUGCAAAGUGUUGCUGUUAACUGAUCCAAAGGAUAAAGAGACAGUUUUGGCAGUUUAUUUGAACCAGUGUUGGUGGCCUAUUGAAGAUGUCAUAAAGACAGCUGACCCUGCUAGAGAUGGGCUAAUUCUGGUCCAGACAUUUGGAGAAAGGAUUGUCCUCUUUGUUCUGAACUACAUUAUUUUUGGAAUGCUAGAAGGGAGUUCAGCUAAUGAUGCAUUCUUUCUACCUCACUCUGCCACUGAAUGUGCCAAGAUACUCUGGAGAGAUGGCGAGGCUGUUGCCUUUUACUCAGUCAAGAUGAAGGGGAGCCUAUGUGAUGGUGUGACCAGUCAGUGUUACUUGCUGCCAGUUUUGGAUACUAUAUUUGUCCGGAGAAAGUACAGAAGAGGUGGCCUAGGGAUGAAAAUGCUGCAUGAUUUCUGUCAGUCUUUCCUGGCUGAGGAUGCCUUGGGGAUCAGCUGCCCUAUUUCUGCUGCCAUGUAUCAAGUUUGCCAGAAAUUCUUGCAGACUUAUCCUGAGGAGCAGAAGCGACUGUGGGAGGUGGAAGCACCAGGAGAUUGGAGCCAGCGAGUGAAUAUCUGGUUAAAAAUUCAGAUGGAGUCAUCCUCUUCAAGAAGUGCCUCCAUGGGCUCUUGUAUGAAGGAUGCUCAAACUAGUGAACUCAGACAAUGAUAUGUAGAGCAAAUGAAUAAGGGUUUUGAAUACAUUCCUGAUGUUGGGAAAGUGGCAGCAGAUGCCACGGGGAAAAAAAAAGAUGACACUGCAGCAGCAUGGACUCUAAAUUCAGAGGGUCCUGAAGAAAAGGACUUAAACCAAGGUGCUGGCAAUACUCAGCAAUGCAAAGGAUUCAGAAGAAGAGCAGGCCCUGGGGACGUAGCUGGAGACAAGGACACCAAACAAUUUAGAGUUAUACCAUAA